AUGCCGGAGGACAAGGAGUCCCUUGCAGUUGGUACAGCUUGUGCUAUCUCUCAUGACUUCCUCACUGUGACGAGAGGACUUCCUGCCAGGAAGGAGCUGAUGGACAACGUCACCCAUCAGUUCCGCUUCAUCAUUCCUCCAGCCACCCAAAGAAUGUCACCCAAAGAGUCAGGCCCUCCCUUUCGCCCCGGGCCCAUCCUCAGAAGGGAAACCACAGCCAGCUGGAGGAAGGACACCUCAGAGAGAGAGGAGCUGCCCUUUCAGAAAGGGGACAUCCUGAAGAUCCUCAACAUGGAAGAUGACCAGAACUGGUACAAGGCUGAGCUGUACGGCUGCGAGGGCUUCGUCCCCAAAAACUACAUCAAGGUCAAGCCGCACCCCUACGGGCAGCACGUGCAACACUUCAAGGUGCUCAGGGAGAGGAACGGCAAAUAUUUCCUCUGGGAGGAAAAGUUCAACUCCCUCAACGAGCUGGUGGAUUUCUACAGGACGACCACCAUCACCAAAAAGCAGCAGAUCUUCCUCCGGGACGAGGACCAGGCCCAGGAGCUGAGGUGGCCAGGAUGCUGCGUGGCCACCGGCGUGGGAGAGCAGCACUUUGAUGGCCGAGCACCCGGGCAGACGGGCGCCUUCGCCCCGGGAGCCUGA